AUGUCAUCAAUUGACACCUCUUCAAUUGAAGGAAUCCGUCAGCAGUACGACUACAUUGUCGUCGGUGGUGGCACGUCUGGUUUGGUAGUCGCCAGUCGCUUGACUGAGAACCCCGCAAUCAGUGUCCUGGUUCUCGAAGCUGGAGCCAACCGUCUCAAUGAUCCUAGAAUCGCAGCUCCUGGCCUUGCGGCGACUACUUACUUCGACCCUGACUUUGAUUGGUGUAUUACCAGUCCCCCUCAGGAACAUUUAAAUGGACGAUGCCUCGCCGAGCCUCGUGGACGAACACUGGGGGGUUCCUCAGCCAUCAACCUUGGGAUGGUGAUCUACCCCAGCCGAGCUGAUCUCAACUCGUGGGAGGCAUUGGGAAACGAGGGGUGGAACUGGGAAUCGCUUUCCCCUUAUCUCAAAAAGUCCCAGACUUUCACUCCACCUUCCCCCCAAACCAACGAGGAAUUGUCUCUGCAGUAUAUCAAUCAGACUGUCCAGGGAACCUCUGGUCCACUCCAGGUCUCAUUUGGUGAUGGUCCAUUCCCACCUUUCUUGGGCGCUUGGCCCAAGGUUUUUGAGAACCUCAACUUACCGAUCACGGGCGAUCCGAUGUCUGGUGUCUCGAAAGGGGCCUUUUGUGGCCCAGCGAGUAUCCACCCCACCUCCAGAACGCGCAGCCAUGCUGGUGUGACAUACUACAACGAGGAAGUGGCCAAGCGAUCAAAUCUGCGAGUCAUUACAGAAGCUAUGGUAGAAAACAUUCUUCUUGAAAAUACGGGUGACAAGGGUGUCGUUGCCACGGGAGUUCGUUUCAUUGGCAAGGAUGGCGUCCAACAAAUAGUCACAGCGAGGAAGGAGGUCAUUCUAGCCGCAGGCGCAAUCAAAACACCUCACUUGCUAGAACUGUCCGGUAUUGGGAAUGGCUCUCUCCUUCGGUCUCAUAGCAUCGAGCCGGUAGUGGAGAACGAGAACGUUGGAGAGAAUCUCCAAGAACAUGGGUUUGUUCCAUUCAGCUGGGAGGCCGCAGAUGGACAGCCUACCGGCGAGGCACUGCGAGCUCCGGAAGUCGCAGUUGCUGUGAUGUCAGCCUGGAAAGAAUCAGGAGCAGGUCCACUUGGCAUCUGCCCUCUGACUUCUGCGUACACGAGGCUCUCGGACCAGGAAAACAGCGAACUGAAGUCCAUCAUUGAUCAGCAUUUGCAGAAAAAGGAGACUUCGCCUCGCCUAGCUGCACAGUACGAAGUGCUUCGUCACGUCCUCGAAGACGAAGAUGAACCUACAGGUCAAUAUACGCUGGCACCAUUCCAGCUCUUGCCAGAGAAAGGCCCAAGCCCUAAGGGAAUCUUUGGAAUGCUCGAACCCGAGAAUUAUUUGAGCAUCGUUGCGAUCCUGAAUCGACCUUUCUCACGCGGUAGUGUUCAUCUAAACUCCCCUGAUACCAUGGCAAAUCCGACUUUUGAUCCGCGCUUCUUCUCUCAUCCCCUCGAUCUAGAGCUUCACGCACGCCAUGUUCGCUGGCUGGAGAAGUUUGCAUGGACAGAGCCAAUGGCCUCACUUCUCAAGGCAGGUGGCCGCCGCUUACAAAACUCUUCACCUGACAUUACUCUCGAACAAGCCCGGGAACUGGCCCGCGAACGUAUAGUUGCUCAUUACCAUGUAUGUGGGACUGCUGCGAUGAUGCCCCGCGAGACUGGCGGUGUUGUUGAUUCCCGCCUGAGGGUAUAUGGCACGCGCAACCUGCGGAUAGUGGAUGCCAGUAUUUUCCCUUUGAUUCCACGUGGAAACAUCCAAGCCACAGUAUUUGCUGUUGCAGAAAAGGCCGCAGACAUCAUUGCGAUGGAGCAUUGA